AGGGUGCAGAAUAGAAAUUAAUUUUAUUUUUGUUAUGUUUUUUUUGUUUGAUUUUUCCAUUAAUAUGCUGUAUUUUCUUAAAACUGACUGAGGUAUUAGAAAUUUAGACCAUAGACAUAUUGAAAUGAACUGAAACUUGAAGUACUGUCGAAAUCAAGGGUUCUUUCUGAUAAAAUUUAGGACUUUUUCAUUGGAUGCCUAAACAAUCAGCAGUGCUAGGGUGAAGACUGUUUUCCAUGAAUUUUUAGGAAAAAAACAAUGGUUGGUAUGCAUUUAUAAAGUAGAAAUGAGGCGAUUUUUCCUUUUGUAUGUAUACAUGCAAUGAUUUAUUCUCCAAAAAGGCCAACUUUGACGGUUGUCGUGUAGCGAGUUACAGAAGGGUCUAAGGUCGAUUUUUUCUAGGCUCAAAAAAGUCCUGCUAAGUGCUCAAGAUAAUGUUAAGACUUGAGAUCAAGCAAUGUUCAACCACUAACCUCCAUUAGUAUAGGGUUAAGCUCCGAGUGGAGAUGAGUUUACUCAAAUGGAUAUUUAGCGCCAUUUGAAGGUUAGUGAAAGAUUUGGUACUCUUGCGUGAACCUAAAAUCGCCUUUGAAAUGGAAAGCUUGUAACUUGAUGUAAAAGUUUGACACCCUUGUCCGUUCAUAAUAUAUAAUUACGAUUUCUAAUGAAAUAUUAGCCUAAGUUUUGUUUGGAUUUUGGAUUCGUGGUGGUUUUAGCCAACUUAUUGUUAGGAAAAACAAUAGUGUGUAGCUUUAAGAAGAAAUUCACGUUUGCCGUAGUGACAGUGAACUGCUGGUGAAGUUUUCAUGUACUAAAGAACUUUGAUUUAUUAGAGCAAAUGGAGCAAGGCCUAACAAAAAAGUUAAAAGGGUCAGAUGGGCUUCCAGUGCCAGUUGGACAUGAUGAUCCCAAAAGUGAUGCUGGAGGGACAGUCCAUAAAGUAUUACCAAGACUUGAACGUGAAAUGGAUGGCCCGACAGCCGGAAGUUAUGGAAACGCUGAUGCUGACAAAACUCAAGGGAAUAUUGAGGUUGAGAGCAAGCAAACCAGUGAUAUUGAUCUGAAAGUCCAUACUCAGGUCAAUUCUUCAACCGAUUGGGAGGCAAACGAGACUUCUUCCAAUGUUUCUGACAAUACGGUGCCUCAUAUGAAUUUUAUUGGUUAUGGUGGAUCCUCAUGCGAGAAAGCAGGAAAUAUGUCGGACUGUGUUGCUUCUGUGGGGGCAGGGACGUAUUCUAAUGGCAUGACUAUGGAUGAAAGGCUUUUGAAACGUGAGAGAAGGAAACAGGCCAAUAGAGAAUCUGCAAGGAGGUCUAGGUUGAGGAAGCAGGCCGAGUACGACGAGCUAGUGAGAAGGUGGGACUCCUUGAAUAUGGAGAAUAGCGCCCUUAAAUCUGAAUUACGACAACUGCAAGACGAUUCAGAAAAAUUGAGGCUCGAAAAUGCUGCACUAAUGGUGAAGCUGGGAUGCACAGCGGUGGAUCAUCAAGGAGACACAGUUUCAGAUAAGGCUGAAUCUGAUUCAGCACUACUGAAUAGUACUGAGAAAGUACUCGAAAUCUCUAGUGGUUCUAGUAGGAAUGAGAACCCAGAUAAUCCUGAAACCAACCUUCAUCAGCUGUUAAAAUCAAGCUCAAGGACUGAUGCAGUUUCUGCUAGAUGAUCAACAAGCUAGCUUGUCAUAGGUUUGAGUUUCACAAUUAAUCGAUAAUGAGUAACAGCUACUAGAUUAGGUAGCUAGAAGUGCACAAUUUGGUUUUUCCUUUCCCCAUUGUGUGAUUUAUCAUUGUACUGGUCACUAUGGCAACACAUAGGAUAGCUCCAAGUGUAUCACCUUAUGAUUACGAAUAUUAGCUCAGGUUCAGGACAUAAUAGAUUUAGAAAGAAAGCUAUUUGUAUUGAUCAUUGUACUUGGGAUCCAUCACAACAUCUGAAUGUGUUAUGAAAUAUGGUCUGAAUCAAUUUCAAGUUGAAAAAGAAAAAGGAAAAAAAUUAAUAUCA